AUGAAGAAUAAGGAAAGCUGCUUCUACAAGGAAAACCACAACUGCAGCAGCAAUGCCAUAAUCACAGAACUUCUAGAAGGAGGAAAAUCCAACUUCUUGAAUAGGAAAACGGAUUUACUCACUCUCACGGUGGAAUUCAGAAUGCAGGUUAAGGCCAAUGAGGAGUGUGAUGCUUGCGUAUCCUACUGGCUGCUUGACAUGGUCCUCUGUGAUGGAGGACAAUAA